CCGCACCAGCCCUCAUUAUUGACACCGCACAUAGCACACACUCACUCUCACACAGAUUAGAUCCAUUCCCUUUGAAGAAUAUUGCGACCGGGGACAAGCCAGGUGCACGACCGGGGGAGGGGGAGCGGGGGGACGAAAGAAAGAAAAGGGGGAAAGCAAAAGAAACCCCCCUUCUUGUUGGCUCCAGGAAAACCAGCUUCAAGCCCAUUCCCCAGCAGAAGAGGAAGCCCCCCGCUACUGGCCACCUCCGGCCCCGGCUUUGUGCCUGCCUUUGCCCCCCUUUGGUUUUAUUUGAUCUCCCAUUAAACCAAGGAGGAGAAUGUGAAAAAAGGGGGAAAAUGCCCAGGAGGAAGCAGGAGCAGCCCAAGCGCCUCUCUUCACAUGGUACUAGACAGGAGGAAGUGGAAGGUGAACUUAGUGAAGAAGAACACUGGUUUGGAAACUCUUCAGAGACCCCAUCGGAAGCAUCAUAUGGAGAAGUCCAGGAAAACUUCAAGUUGUCUCUUGAGGAUAGAAUCCAGGCGCAGUCCACUUCCCCGGAUACUUCUCUGGGAAGUGCAACUCCUAGCAGCAACACGCUGGAGCUGAUAGCUAUUGACAAUGAGGCUUUAAGAGACACAUUACAGAGCAAAGAACGCCUUUCUCCUGAUGUGUCAUCUUUGUGUGAAGAUGAAUCUCCUGGCCCAAAUAAGCCACUGAGCAGUAACCUGAGAAGGCUUCUGGAGGCCGGUUCUCUCAAGCUGGACACUGCUGUUACAGUCAAUGGCAAGGUCGAGUCCCCUGUAAAUGUUGGUUCAAAUCUCUCCUUUUCUCCACCUUCUCAUCAUGCCCAGCAGCUAAGUGUUCUUGCCAGAAAGCUUGCUGAGAAACAGGAACAAAAUGACCAAUACAAUGCAAGUAAUCGGUUUAUAUGGAAUCAAGGUAAGUGGUUGCCAGACUCAAGCACCACCUGUGGUUUGUCCCCAGAUUCAGCUAUCCUGAAAUUGAAAGCCGCAGCCAAUGCAGUUCUUCAGGACAAAUCACUUUCAAGGACUGAAGAUACUAUAAGAUUUGAAUCCUUUUCUUCGCCUUUUAAUUCUCAGUCUGCCAGCUCAACCUUAGCGGCUUUAUCAAAGAAAGUUAGCGAAAGAAGCAUGACUCCUGGGCAGGACCACCCACCUCCAGCCAGUUCUUUCCUUUCCCUGGCCUCAAUGACUUCCUCAGCUGCCCUACUCAAGGAGGUGGCUGCAAGGGCUGCAGGCAGCCUGUUGGCUGAGAAGAAAAAGUCACUAGUUGCAGAGGAUCCCCUGCAGCUUUCAGAGAUGAAGCAAGAGAAAGUAACUCCACCACAGUCUUUGGAAUUAUUGCUACUUCCAGUCCCUAAAGGAAGAAUUUCUAAGCCCACUAAUACAGCCUCAGAAGAAGAAGGAGGAAAACCCUUUCAGUGUCCAAUCUGUGGGUUGGUUAUAAAGAGGAAGAGUUACUGGAAACGACACAUGGUGAUUCAUACAGGUUUAAAAAGUCAUCAGUGCCCACUCUGUCCAUUUCGCUGUGCACGCAAGGACAAUCUCAAAUCACACAUGAAGGUUCAUCAGCACCAAGACAGGGGAGAAACAUUUCAAUGCCAGCUAUGCCCUUUCACUUCUUCACGCCACUUCAGCCUGAAACUCCACAUGCGUUGCCAUCAGCACUUCCUCAGGACAGAAGCCAAAGUGAAGGAGGAAAUCCCAGAAACUGAAGUCAAGGGUUCGCCGCAGCUAAAUAAUGAUUCCUGCGCUGGGCAACAGAGGGAAAGAGGAUCUGAGCUUACAGGGACAGCAUCUGUGUCUAAAACACUUGAGGUGGCUGGGCAGGCCAGUGCUGGUGUCCCACCUUUAGUAGUAAAGGAAGAACCCAAAGAUGACAACAGCAUCUCAGCUAAAUCCUUUGCUUUCAGCACUGUUGACAGAGCCAUGAACAACACAAAGCUGAAAGACUCCUCUGACUACAUGGCCAAUACAGCUUCAUCACUAUUCAGCCAGGACAUCUCCGUCAAGAUGGCAUCAGACUUUCUCAUGAAGCUGUCAGCUGCAAAUCAAAAAGAGCCCUUGACUGCUACAUUUAAAGUGAAAGACGAGCCUCAGGAUGAAGAAGCUGCAAGCUCAACCUUGUCUCAGUCCAGCUAUGUGUUCAACCAGGGACCCGAAGCCUCAGCUCCAAGCAUCCCUGAGGAGACUGUCAAGCCACAGGAAGUGCAGACAAAUGUGUUAAGGCAGGACACGUCCGUCAAGGCAGCAUCUGAGCUCCUCAUGAAGCUAUCAGCUGAAAGUUACAAGGAAACCCAGGUGGUAAAGAUUAAAGAAGAACCAAUGGAAGUUGACAUUCAUGAGUCCCAGCCCUCAAUUUCACCCAGCCAGACUGUUGGUUACAGCACUUUAUUAGGGAGAGGGAUUACUGAACACAUACAAAAGCUACCAGAGGGCCGAAUGCUCCCGGAGAGAAACCUCUUCAGCCAGGAUAUAUCAGUGAAGAUGGCUUCAGAGCUCCUCUUCCAAUUGUCAGAAAAGGUGAGCAAAGAGCACAAUCACACUAAAGAUAACACCAUCAGAACCACAACCAGCCCUUUCUUUUCUGAAGAUACAUUUAGACAAUCGCCAUUCACUUCCAACUCAAAAGAUCUCCUGCCCAAUGAAACUGCUCUUCAUGGAAGGAUAUCAGCACCAGACACAGAAAGGAUAGGGUUGGAUGCAGGAAACGGAUUGCCAUCUUGGAAAUUUAAUGACCAACUCUUUCCCUGUGACGUGUGUGGAAAAGUGUUUGGCCGACAGCAGACAUUGUCCCGACAUCUCUCACUGCACACAGAAGAGAGAAAAUACAAAUGCCAUUUGUGCCCCUAUGCUGCUAAGUGCCGUGCUAAUCUGAACCAGCACCUGACUGUCCAUUCUGUGAAGUUAGUGAGUACAGACACUGAGGACAUUGUCAGCGCUGUCACUUCUGAAGGCAGUGGAAAGAAGCACCCUUAUUAUUACAGCUGUCAUGUGUGUGGAUUUGAGACAGAGAUGAAUGUCCAGUUUGUCAGUCAUAUGUCCCUUCACGUGGAUAAAGAGCAGUGGAUGUUUUCUAUUUGCUGCACAGCUUGCGAUUUUGUCACCAUGGAAGAGUCAGAUAUGAAGGCUCAUGUCAGCACCAAGCACACAGGUGAAGAGCGGAAAACACUCAGUGAAUCAAACAGCCCUUCUUCAUCAUCUCUGUCAGCACUUAGUGAUUCUGCCAAUAGCAAAGAAGAUGCAGAUGUUACCCAAAAAACCAAGGGUUCAAAUAACCUACUAGUAAUUUCCGUAGUGCCUGGUAGCCAGACCUUAUUGAACACUGAAGAGAAAUCGGAGAAAGGUUUUGAAUGUGUUUUCUGUAACUUUGUCUGCAAAACAAAAAACAUGUUUGAGCGCCAUUUGCAAAUCCACCUGAUUACACGGAUGUUUGAAUGUGACGUGUGCCAUAAGUUCAUGAAGACACCUGAGCAAUUAUUGGAGCACAAGAAAUGCCACACUGUCCCCACCGGUGGGCUCAAGUGCCCAUUCUGCAUUUACUCCACUAAUCGCCCUGCAGCAAUGGAAUGCCACCUGAAGACCCACUACAAGAUGGAGUACAAGUGUCGGAUCUGCCAGACAGUAAAAGCAAAUCAGCUGGAGCUAGAAAUGCACAUCCGGGAACAUCGUCUUGGCAACCAUUACAAGUGUGACCAGUGUGGCUAUCUUUCAAAGACAGCCAACAAGCUGAUAGAGCAUGUGCGUGUCCACACUGGGGAGCGCCCUUUUCACUGUGACCAGUGCAGCUACAGCUGCAAACGCAAAGACAAUCUCAACUUGCACAAGAAACUGAAGCAUGCUCCACGCCAGACUUUCAGCUGUGAUGAGUGCCUGUUCAAGACCACCCACCCUUUUGUCUUCAGCCGCCACGUGAAGAAGCACCAGAAUGGGGACUGCCCCGAAGAAGAGAAGAAGGGCCAGUAUUCAACCUCUAAGCACGCCAGCCCUCUCCUAACAGUCAAUAGCUCUAGGAACCUCUUGUCACCCCUCUCAGUCAUGUCUGCCUCCCAGGCUCUGCAAACGGUGGCCAUGUCAGCUGCACACAGCAGUGGAGCAGAGCCAAACUUGGGAGUGAAGGCCUUGGCCAUAAAUGGCACCUCUUUGUGUUUUGAUAAAUACUGGAACUCUGAUUUUGCCCAUCUCAUUCCCUUAACAAUGUUUUUCCCCAAGAACCACUUUGAUAUCACAUUCCAUCCACCCAGACCUCAGACUGCACCUCUAGGUGGCACCUCACCUAAACACUCCUUCCUCGCCUACCUUGGACUAACAGAAAGGGCAGAAACUGUCUGAGGACAAUUACAUUCUGUACCAAAAAUACCCCAACAAACCCAGCAGGUAUACAUUGCUGCAAAACCUAGACUGAAGAGGUAUGAACACUUGUACUAUAUAUCAUUAGUAAGAUUUAGAAAAUGGCUCUGUGUGUAUACUUAUUGCAUUGACCUGAAAGCUGCUUUAUUAAAUCUUCAGAGAGGUGAACCUACUGCAUACUUCUACCUUCAGAGGCAUGUUCCCAAUACUCUUAUCUAAGAAACAAUUUUGUCUUGUUAAGCUGAACAAGAGUGUCCUUAAUGGCAAUCAGCACUUGUAAGAUUACAUAUUGAUGCAUUUUAUUUUUGGUUUGUGUGUGAGUGAGAAUGUGUGAAAGAGAACCUGUCUGUAGUGUGCCAUGACAUUGCUUUUGCACAUCCUUUGUAUUGGCUUAUUUAAUAAUUAUUUUUUUUAAAUUCCCUUUUCAUUUACUUUCCUCCUUCCUUCUGCCUCCCCCAACCCUCAUUUUCAUUUUAGAAUUUUGUAACUCUGUGAUUGUUAAGAAGAGCAAUGCUUGGUUCAGUGAGGAUUGGUAUAUUGGCUCAGUGCUGUUUGCAGUUUUCUAUAGUGUGUUUGGUGCCUUGUCCUCAGAUCAUCAGUUGUAAAGAUUUGAGGAUUAAGGUGGAACAGGUCUGGAAGAAAUUACUUUCAGCACUGUAAAAUGAGAGUGUGAAAUUGAAGUGUGUGUGUGUAUACAUAUACAUGCCUGUAGUGUGUGCAUUAUAUAUACACACAUUUAAAGGGCCAGAUCCUUUACAGUUACGCUGGUGUAACUAAGAUCAGAGUCUGGCCCAUAGUGUACAUCUUUUGUUUUAAAAGGGCAUAUAUAUAUAGAUAUAUCUAUACUGUAUUAAUGCAGUGGUUACCUUUAGUUUGCAGGAACAACUUGUAUAACUAGAAUUCUAUGGUGGUUAAAUCCAGCAAAGGGGAUUAAAAAAAAAAGGAUAUGGAUAAAUUCUGGGUAUAAAUGCUCAGACUAAAAAAGGCAGUUUUGCACAGUGCUUUAGUCUUGCACUAGUUUGUUCCUCACUUGCAAAAAAAAAAAAAAAAAAAAGGAAGAAAACAUUUCUUUUACAGGAUGAAGUAAUAUCAGAUUGUAUGUUUGAUAAGGUACCGGCAACUUCUUUGAAAGAGAAAGAUAUGAAAAGGUGCUGUUCAAUCAUACAGUUCUCUUUUUAUACCCUCAGCUUUUUGGUUGUAUCUGCAAAUUACGUGGUCCUAUCAAUAUUAACCUCCAUGUUAUUAAUACUAUUUUAUUCCUUUUUGUUAAUGGCUGAUAGAGUGUACACUGCUAGAAGGCUAACUUUAUACUUAUUUAAUGCUCUUAUUUUGUGGUCAUUAAAAUGACAAAUUUAUAUGUAGCACUUUAUUGCAGUAAGAAGCAAAAGUGGAUUGGUUGUAUAACCUUUGUUAAUCUUAAAAAGCAAACAGUGAUCUUAAAGAGAGAGGAAAAAAUGUUGGCUGCCUGUUAAUAGAUCUCUAUUUCUUAAGAUAACAGUUUCCAGUGCAAAAUAGACAGAAAGGUCAGGAGUAAAAGAGUCUUUCUAUUGAAAUUUGAAGUAUAAAGUAUUGAACCUUUAACAAUUAUUUCUCUCUUAAAAUUAGUGGAUGUACUAGAAUGCUUUCUUAUUGUGUUAUUGUUUUCCAUGGUAUUGGCAUUUGGGCUAGAUCUUUGUUUCAUCAUGUGUUCAUCAGGGUUUCCCCCAAUCAAGCUUUAAAAGAAGUGGCCCUAAUCAAAUUUAAUUUUCUACCCCCACAUCUUCCCUAUCUGAAAGCAUCCUCUCACACACAGGGUUACGGAUCUAAUCCAAAUCUCCUUGAAAUCAGUGGGGAGACUCAUAACAACUUCAGUGGCUCUGAAUCAGGCCUGCUGUCUAGGACUGUACCAAAGUAAGGCCCCAAUUCAGAAAAGCUUCCUUGUUCAAGGAAGGCUUUUAGUCAUAUAUUUAACUUUUAACAUAUUCUUAAGUUCUGUUGUACUUAAAGUUAAGCAUAUGGUGAAAUGCUUUCCUGAGCCAGGACCUAAGACAUUAAGUCAUUAAGCUCAUUUGUAAGUUUCCACACCUUUUAAUACAUGUUAAAAUAUUGGAAACUGUCUGCAAUGAGAAAACACUGAAUGAGGAGAACCUAACAUGUUAGCAGGCUGUAAUAUACCAAUUUAAAAGUAAAGUAAUAAUGAGGAUGUAUUUCCCACCUAAUUGUUUAAGUUCCAUCAGAUAUUUUUGGUCCUGUGAGCAUGUGGCUAUUCUAGCUAAGCUAUUAAUAUAAGUCAUCUGUUCUAAAUCUCUGUCUAAAUCUAUUAAUAGGCAAGGCAAACAAUUCAAGCCCUGUUUAUCAUAUUAUUGCACCUACGUCAUCAAAACCCUCUUUGCCUUCUUUGAGAGUAUUGACAAAAACAGAGAGUGCCGAGUAGGGCUCUCCAUUAAUAACUCAUUCAGAAUAAGAGCUAUUAAAAGGUGAGUUUCUUUACCCCCUGAAUUAUGCAAUCUACAUUUCAGUUAAUACAACUGUUACAAAAAUACAUUCCCAGUGUUUCUGGCUGACCCUACUACAAUAGAGCAGACACUUUAAAAAAAAAAAAAAGAAAAGAAAAAAGCCCACAUGUGCAUCAGUGAAUAAACUACCGAUGUAUAAGAGCAAAGAAGUAGGAAUGUUUAAAGAAUAUUUUCUGUAAACCAAAUUGCACUAUAAGAAGCUGGAACUCCCAAGA